GAAGUUGUUUGCCAACCGACUUAAGAAUAGAAGAAGAAGAAGAACAAGAAGAAAAAGCAAAAGUAGCAAUUCUGAUGGAUAAUAUUGUAUCGUCAGAUUCAUCUUAAAACAUCUGUAGAUCAGGAACCUCGCCUGGAUCAGUGCACACGUGAGUCUGCUUCAGGUGGAUUCAGCACUGUACUAAGAAAAGCAGCGGGAAAAGUUUCACAUUGUUACCGAUUAACAGGUUUUGACAUCCGAUAGCGUCGGCUACUGGCAGUUACCGUCACGGCUACCGUAGAUUUAAACUCUUCACCUUAAAUUCAAAAAGGCCUUCCCAAAUUUUUCUACCCACGAUCACGUGUCUGGUGCGUUUUCACUGUUUAGUGAAAACAUUAGAGAGCGCUCCACUGCAUGUUUGUGCACGUAAACUUCGCCUUGACUGCUGCCGCGUUUUUAAUUGAUACGUCAAUAUAGCUGCCAUCUUGUAACGGGCUGGUGACCUUGCUUCCUAAUACAUGGGACUCUAGCUAUGCUGACUUGUGAAAUCUGUGGUGAGGAGAUAUUGUUGGAGGAAGACAUGAAGACACAUCUCUUUCUUUGCCACCUAGAAAAUGAUCUGCACUGUCCCCUCCGUACUCUGUCAGGAGUUGAUAAUGCUGGGCUCUAUUUCCACAUUAAAUCUGCACAUUCUGGAGAGCAGCAAAUAAUCCAAGACCCAACUCGCCACCCAUGUGGUUCAGCUUUAUCUGACAGGACAAAAGCAAGUAGAAGUGAAGCCAAGGAGUCCCAAACCUGUCAAUCCCUAAGAGCUGUUGAUCAAGCAGGACGGCUUACAUCUAACUUUGCCUCUGCUGUUAACACAGAGCAUAAGUAUUCAUCACCUGGAGACUAUGCAAACUCCACUGCAGCCUCAAAAACACAGUUUGCUGAAAUCUCAGACCAAAAUAAUGUGAAUGUCCUGAAAGAUGAACUUCACCAAGCCCAGCCUUUAUCAGCAGAGAAGCUAUUCUCCUGUCCCAUGUGUCCACUGGUCUUCAGUUGCGACUUCCUCCUGCAGGAACAUGUUGAGCUGCAUCUUUUGGGACAGCACUCAGGAGAGAGGUCAUUCCAGUGCCCAAUGUGCUCAGCUGUCUACAGCAACAGCUUCUGUCUGCAGGAACAUGUAGAACUACACUUUGACCAUGAACUGUCCAGGGACCAAUCAGGAAGUCCUCACUCCGACCUAAUGCUGGCAAAAGUGCUUCAACACAAAGAGGAGCUAAAGAGAAAGCAGGAGGAGGCCCAGCUGGAGAGACAGGAGUUCAAGAAGCUGCAGAGGCAGUUUGGUUUGGAUGGCAGAGGAGGUUACCGCCGCCAGAUGGAGAGGAGCAUGGAGAGAGCUGUGGCCAGCGGCCAUCUGGCGCCAGUCGAUUUUUAUCUGAAGAAAGCUGAUAUGAUGGAGUCUCUGGCCUCAGGGGUCGAUGAUGGCUCAAGCAGAACCCAGGGGGUCAUCAGGGCAUUGAGAGAUUAUUACCAAACUGAAUGCAGAGACAGUGUUCAUGUGUGGCUAGCUGUUGACACUGACCACUACAGCUCAUCUGCAGGCGAUAAAGGCUGGGGCUGUGGAUACAGAAAUUUCCAGAUGCUCCUGUCAUCCCUGCACAGAAUAGACGCAUAUUCUUCAGUUCUACAAGAAAAGACAAUACCUUCUAUUCCUCGGGUUCAGAGAAUGAUUGAAGAAGCCUGGAAGGAAGGGCUUGAUCCCCAAGGAGCAUCACACUUCAGUAAGCGGCUGCAGAGAACCCAGGCUUGGAUUGGAGGCACAGAGAUAUACGUCCUCCUCACCUCACUUGGAAUCAGUGCUCGCAUCAUAGAUUUCCACCAGCCAACUGGCAGCAAGAAUACCCAUCCCCAUUUGUUUGACUGGGUCAAGCAGUACUUCUGUCAGUCCAGUAAGAGCAGCAGUCUGUCCCCCCGACUCAUCCUGACCCACCUACCCCCACUUUACCUACAACAUCAAGGUCACAGCCGAACAGUAGUUGGUUUGGAACAGAGGAAGAAUGGCAGCCUGUGCCUCCUGCUUUUGGAUCCUGGCUCUUCAUCAUCUGACACCAGGAAGCUGCUGAGCAGGGAGACGUGCCUGACUGCUGUUCAGUUUGUCAGGAAGUUCCCCAGAAAUCUAAAGCACAAACAGUACCAGCUUAUAGCAGUACAAGGCGUGUUGUCUCCUGAAGAGAAGCAGAUAAGAAUCUUCAACUCCAGAACAUUAUCUGCUGAAAGGACUCCAUGAAUGCAAAUGAUUUUUUAUAUACUAUAAUUGAUAUACUACAAAAUGUAUAUACAAUUUUAAACUUUCUAAAUAAACAGUUUGAUUUUUUGCAGUCUUA